AAUGGCGGCAUCCGUCUGUCUCGGUGUCUAAGCUCCCUAGCCCUACUAGUCUCUCAACUCUCAAGAAGUCAAGCACGUUAUCUCCACCAAUUUUCCCAAUUUUAAUUUUUAAGUGAUCAUUAAAGGUUUCCAAGAAACAAAAACGCUUGCAUUUAAAAAGAUUUUUAAAAGCAACUGAAAAGAAUUUAUCAUCAUACUGACUGGAAGAUUUGUAAAUAUUGCUUGUGAAUUGGAUGCUAUCCAACUCUUGAACCUGUUAAGAACAACUUCAUCUCGUCUGUCAGGAACGGUAAUAUGGCAAGUUCAUCCAGAAUCCAGGCAAAAGAAAUUCGAAGUGGGUUAUUUAAGAUCAGAUGGGAAUUAAAAGAAGAUAUCAUGGAGAAGGGUUAUUAUGUCACACUAAAUUUGUGUAAGUCAUCCUUGGUUCUAAAAAUGCUUUUUGAUUAUUCUGUUCCUACACGUAAAAAGUAUCGGAAUUUGAAACAAAAUUUGGUCGUUAAAGAAGUCAGCCAAGAAGAAUUAAAAAGCGACAGUGAAGAAGAAACAGAUGAAGACUCAUUUAAUGAAGAUGAUGAUGAAGAAGACAAUGAUCAUGAAGGUAUCGGUGAAAAUAGCAACAUAGAUGCCAUUGAAGGUGAAAAUGAGCCAGAACAGCAGAUGGAUACUCCUCAUCCCCUCAAAAAUGAAAUUCGUCCCAUGCACAUGUGGAUCCUCACCUCAGAAUAUGCAUCAGGAUCAGGAAGUGAAAGAAAGCUUUUGAAAAAUGAUACUGAUGAAUGGAGAGUAGAGUGGUAUAGCUUUAAAUUACCUGACUUCAUCAAUCUUUGGAUAGAUUUCGGGACCCAGUCCCAAAUAGAAAGAAACGUCAUCAAAACAAUGAGUGGCCUUGCCAGUAUGUUUUACGAUCAACAUCGGUGUGAUGUCCAAUUUCGCUUCAAAGAUGGAAAAUCCAUUGGUGCCCACAUCUUAAUUCUUUCAAUCGGCAGCCCGGUGUUCUCUGCCAUGUUCCAGUCGGGUCUCUUAGAGUCUCAAACGCGUGAAGUGACCAUCACUGAUAUUGAAUUGGAAAUAUUCCGGCAACUUCUCGACUACCUGUACACUGGCAGCGCACCCAAACUCGCAGAUGAAAGCAUCACCAAACUACUCUUCGAGGCUGCGGAUAAAUACUCCGUCGAAAACCUUAAAAGUGAUUGUCUCGAAGCUCUGCAGGAACGACAUUGAAAUUUACCCUUAAAAAUUUUCCCAAGCUUUUGGACCAAGCCGACUUCGAGGACUUUUUUAAGAGUUAUCCGGAUUUGUGUUUGAUUGUCUUGAAACGUUUCGCUUCCCUUCCGUACCGAUACUACCAACAUGAAACAACGACAUCGUCAGAUUCGUAUUCGUCACCUUAGUUUUACGGUUUUCCAGAUUCACGCCAUAGUUUAUCUGUGCCUAUUCGAUCAUUCCGAAUGAAGAGUAAGGCUUUUCGUUUUCUUAUCUCAAUAGGUUUUUGUAAAAAUUCUCCUAGCUUCUUUUGGUUUUAUUGCGUUUUGCAUUGUCCACGAAUUGUAAUUUUACUGAAACGAUUGCAUCGUAAAGCAUUCUCAAAUUUAUUGUUCGUGGUUCUGCUGCUCUUUUGCGUGUUCAAACAUAGCAAUAAAUCACCAAAGCUGACAUUUUCGCUCUAUUAUUCUACGUGAGUCGUAUGUCAAGUUUAUCCCCCUGUUAGUUGGAAAACAAAAGUUCUUGCGGGAGUUAUUUAGGUUAUAGCUUUCGCAUUCUUGGCCCUCUAUUAGUUACGACGCCUUCACCAGACGCUAGUGGCUAUGAGAAAUAUGCGCUCUACAUUGACGUUUUGACUUAUUCGUCGGUAUGGAAACGCUUAAGCAAAUGUUCUGUAAGGUGAAUUUGACUAUGAGUCAGAAAGUGAGUAUGACGUCGAAAAUUUUGUGGAUUUUUACCUGUUUGUCGUUGCCUUCACAUCCGCACUGUACUGGACGCCAAAGAAAAGCCUGAAAACUAUUACCGGAAGCAGAGAAAGAAGCAGGCUCAAUUGGCCUUUCAACCCUCUACCAAUACGAACGAAACGAUCAAAGUGUGCCAUUAAUAUUUCCAUGUCAUGAAUACUGCCAGCACUUUAGUCAAUCGUUCCUAUCUAGAAGAUAUCUGGAAAUUACCAUCUCCAAAAUUAUAGGUCUACUUCUGUUUGCAAAAAUUCGUUCAGUGAACUUUAGUCCUCAUAUUGUAACUUAACUUAUUUCUACAGUGCCUCUCAACUGUGGUCGAAUUACUUUACAGGCUUUCGACUACCCAAGAAGUAUUGGUGCGAAUGCUGAGUCCACGUCUUCUGUGAUAUUUUCGACGAAGAUAAAUUCCAUCCACAAUCCAAAUUACGACAUUAACGGUUUUUACAGCUCUUCUCGUAUAGGGACGGCCAUGGACGAAUCCAACAGCUGGCUGGAAGAGUUAUCGCCCCCAACUGGCAGAGAUGAUGAGACAUCGGGCCCGCUUCAGUUUUCCAAAUGGACUUGAUCGCCUUCCUAAAUCUCGAUUCGAUCGAAUUCGCCACCAAUCUCAAGUUGGGAAAGAAUUUGCGCCAACAAUUUAAAGAUGGAAUUUCAAUUGUGAAUUGUUUCAUCCUGAUGGAAAUACGAUGCCCAAAACGCCUGUCUAUCAGCCUGCCGUCACAUCGCAGAGAUUCGGAUUCUCUGCUCAUUGACGAUGUUUAAUUUUCAGCUAGAGAGCCUUGACGUCAAUCAAUAAUCAAUAUGCGCAAUCCACCUUUUGAUACUGUAACCAGAGGACCGAACGGUACGUUUACAUUCUUCGGAUCGGACUAUUACUUGACUGAUUGGCUUGCGUAAAAAUUUAACUUCACAUAUUCUUUCGUGUUGAUAAAUCAAACCAUUGCCGAAAAAUACGGCACACACGAAGCGCUGUUUUACCAACUCAUCAACGACGAAGAUGUUGACGGAAUAGCAUGUUCUUUCUACUUAACAAUGGAUAGAGUGGAGAGAAUGGACUACACCUUCUUCACGUGGUCUGAAGGAUUUAGUCUUGUUGUGCCAAGACCUGGAGAAGAAAGCAGAUUAUUUGCUUUCAUUGGUCCAUUUCAACCUACGGUUUGGAUGUUGGUUUUCAUUAGUCUUAUCGUCAUAAUCGGGACCAUGACACUCUUUACCUGGUGCUACAAUGGAUGUUUCACUGUCGUUUCAACGGACGAGGCUACUGUCGACUCUGAAUCAACAACUCGACAUAAUCGCAACGUUUCACGUCAAAGGAGAAACUUUAUCUCCUUUGGUUCACACAUAACCUAUGUUAUUAAUACCAUAACGAAUCAAGGAGGAAGAGAAGCGUUUAGUCGCAACUCGUUUCGGGUCCUGGCCGGAGUUUGGGUUUUGUGCGCUACUGUUUUGGUUAACUCUUACACGGGAAUCGUCAUUUCGUCACUCACCAAGCCGAAAAUGAAGCCGUCCAUCGAAUCUUUUGAAGAUUUGGCUGUGAGUUCAGAGAUUGGAGUCGUUCUCCGACAUGACACGUCAAUUGGAGAACAAAUUUUGAAAGCAACUUCUGGCGUUUAUAAGGUCUUGGGUGAUAAAGCUCGGCGUCAUCCGGAUCAAAUACUCGGCGAUCCUUUCAAGUUGGCCGCUAAACUGCAAACCGGUCACUACGCUUACCCUUUUCUGCGCACUUUUGGCAUUGCAUUUGUCGGUUCGCAGUAUAAAAAGGAUAAGAAAUGCCGAUUUAAAACUUCUAAAAUGUUGCCCAUCUUUACGGGAUUUUAUUCGUUGCUUUUUAAGAAGGGAAGCUCAUACACUAAAACAAUUAGCCAAGGGCUCAUGAAUCUUUGGGAAAGUGGUUUUAUGAUGUUUUGGGUGAGGAACCUCCCUACCAUACCGAAAGCAAACGAAUGUUUCGCCGACGAAAAGAAUCGAGUCUCUCGUCUAGUUCCGAUUCGGCUGUCCGAUUUGACUAGUGCUUUUCUGAUCCUAGGAAUUGGAAUUGGAUUGGCGACACUAAGUUUCUUGCUAGAAUUGAUCUACUAUAAUAUGCUUUUUUAAUAAAGCUUUUUUCUGCUCCGUUAAUCGGGCUGAAGCAGGUGAAAGGUGAAAGUUUCAUUCAGCUUAGGACAUGUAGUUGUCAUCAUUUUUGUAGCCAGUUCAUCAAAAGUUGUACUCUAAAACGUUUUUCUUUCUUAUAUUUGUUGCUUACCUUUUGUGACCAUCUUAAGUUUAAUGGGUUUUUGUCUUUCUUUGCAAUGUUUCAGUGUUCAUCCGAUUUUUACGAUAUCAUUCACCUAAUGCCAAAACCUAAAAGUACACUAAAUGUUUGACAUUAAGUCUUAUCGUGUUUUAAAUCUUAAUUAGACUAUUAGUUAAAUGCAAUAAACUUAAAUGUUCUAAAGAUAAAAUCA